ACAAGUGAUAAAUUUCGGAGCACGACAUUCACAUUUUAAAUUUUGUCUAACAAAGUUCAGAAAUUCAUAAAACGAUGGACGCGGUUCGACCCAGUGAUCAACCUUGCUGAGUCUGAGACACGCAAGCAAAUGCAUGCCUGCCGUCUAGUGUCGCUGGAGCGAGUCGCGGCUAGCGGCACCCAAACCACCACCGUCGUCUUCUGUCGUGGUUGUCUCUGCUGUUCAGUGCAAAAGUUCGUUUUCUUCUCCUAAUUACUAAAACAGGAUAAUUCCCUCUAUCUUACACAUGGUAGUAGGGUUUAUACCUUCUUGCCUGAGUUUGUUACAACAACCUCGUCCUUCAAUCUGUAUUUCCAAGCACAUAUCAUCAAGAAAAUAUAAGAGAGAGAUAACGAGGACUGCAGGCAUUAGAAGAACUCUAAUAUCACCACCUCCUCUUAAAGAUACUUUUGGUAUACGUGUUUUUGUGGUGUCAGAUUUGCAUACAGAAUAUGCUGAAAACAUGAAAUGGGUUGAGUGUUUAUCGACCGUACGAUACAAAAAUGAUGUUCUUCUUGUAGCUGGUGAUGUGGCUGAAACGUACAGUAACUUUAUCUUGACUAUGUCUAUGUUGAAGGAUAGAUUCGAACACGUUUUCUACGUGCCUGGGAACCAUGAUUUGUGGUGCCGUCGGGACGGGGAAAGUUAUCUUAAUUCUCUUGAGAAGCUUAAUAAAUUGCUGGAAGCAUGUAGAGCUCUUGGAGUUGAGAUCAAUCCUACAGUUAUAGAGGACUUGGGUAUCAUCCCUUUAUUUUCUUGGUAUCAUGAGAGUUUUGAUAAGGAGGAGGAUAUUACUGGCAUUCACAUUCCUUCUUUGGAGAUGGCAUGUAAAGACUUUCAUGCAUGCAAAUGGCCUGGGGAGCUGUCGAGUGGAGAUGCCUCCCUUGCCCUGUACUUUGAUGCAAUGAAUGAAAGAAAUCAAAAUGUUGUCGACAAGAUUCAGAGGAUCUGUAGCCAAAUAGUUACAUUUUCUCACUUUGUUCCCAGGCAAGAGUUGUGCCCGGAGAAAAGGAUGCUUUUUUAUCCAAAGCUCCCAAAAAUUAUUGGAUCUGAUUGUCUUGAGCAUCGCAUAAGGUCUAUCCAUGGGACUGAAGGUGAUGAAUCUGCAUGUCAUGUGUUUGGUCAUACACAUUUCUGCUGGGAUGCGGUGAUCGAUGGUAUCAGGUAUGUACAGGCACCAUUGGCAUACCCAAGAGAAAGGAAGAGGAGAAUGAAUGGGGGUGAAAACUGGCUGCCAUUUUGUAUCUAUUCUGAGGGCAAGUUUUCUGAAAGAAUUUCACCAUGUUUUUGGUCCGAUUAUUACUCUGUGAAUCCUAGAACACCUCAUAAUACUGAAUUGGCUCCUUGGGUUGCCAGAUUCUACCACAGAACAUGACUUUUUGUUUAUGUUUUGUUUUGUUUUGUUUUUGUUUUUGUUUUUUUUUUGUUGUUGUUCCAAUUUAAUGACCUAGACAUAUAAUAUGGAUUCUGUUUGUGAAAUUAUCACAUUCAU